AUGGAUAGGACAUGGGAGGGUGGAUUCCUAGGACUGGACCAGAGUAAGAGCAGAUGGGUCAAUAUAUAUGGAUUUAAUGAUCCGUGCUUUAUCUCCUUUUCUGAAGCCUUCCAGAAUGAAGAGGUACACCUGCUGGUGUGCGAGAUACCAGUGAAAACUUCAGGGGAGGGCCCUGCUACCAUUAUCUCACUAGAUGGUGCCAAUGUUAAUAGUGACAUCUAUAUGUUCUUGGAGCAUUCAUUUGGAGAGCUGCAAUGCUGCCAUCCUGAUUUCCUGCAGCCAUCAGGGGGUAACCUUGCAAAGCUGGAUCCCAGGCAAUCAGUUACAGCUGAUGCUCAAACUGACGAGCGAGCUGCUAGCAGGAACAGAGGUGUACAAGUUAUAUGA